AUGAUGUAUCAACCAAGUAUUUGUACCGUGUCACUUGGACGGUGCUCCGCAGGCCAUUCUCUUGAGCACAAACUUGACAUGGCAAGAAAGUACGGAUUCCGGGCUAUCGAGCUGUUCUUCGAAGAUCUCAUCGAUUUGACGAAGACAAUGCCUGGAGGCGACCAGCCGAACAAUCAACUUGUAGCUGCGGCCUUGAUUCGUCAGUUAUGUGACGAACGGGAAUUAUCGAUACUAUGUUUACAACCAUUUAUGCAUUAUGAGGGCCUACUAGACCGAGAAAUACAUCAGCAGAAAAUACAAGAUGCGAAAUUAUGGGUGCAUCUGGCGCAUAUUCUCGGGACUGAUAUGAUACUGCUUCCGAGUAGCUUUCUCUCUCCUUCAGAAGUAUCGUCGGAUAUGAAUUUGAUCGUCCAAGACAUGGUUGAGAUUGCCGAGAUUGGCCUUGAGGCCUCACCAGCCAUUAAAUUCGCUUACGAGGCUCUAUGUUGGGGCACGCGAGUCGAUACGUGGGAACUGAGUUGGAAUGUUGUGCAAAGAGUCAACCGCCCAAAUUUUGGUAUUUGCCUCGACACUUUUAACAUUGCUGGCCGAAUUUAUGCAGACCCAUCGGUAUCCUCCGGCCGAACCGAUAAUUGCGAUGAAGCGGUUGAAGCCUCUCUACAUGAGAUGAUUGCUUCCAUCGACCCGAAAAAACUAUUUCUGGUGCAAAUGGCAGACGCAGAAAAACUAUCUCAGCCACUUGACAAUAGCCACCCAUUCUAUAACCAGGAGCAGCCGCCGCGAAUGAGCUGGUCUCGGAAUGCCAGGUUAUUUUACGGGGAGAACCAUCAUGGUGGAUAUCUACCAAUCAAGCGAAUUUUGGACGUCAUCAUCCGCGACAUUGGAUAUCAAGGCUGGCUGAGCUUCGAAGUGUUUAACAGAGUAUUGUUAGAUAGUGAUGGGCGAGUACCGGAAACAAUGGCAAGGAGGGCGGCACAGUCAUGGAGGCGGAUGGAGCGCGACUUGUCUCUUGGACGGUCAAUUAUGGAUUAUAAGACUCAGGCUCUUUUGUAA